AUGGGGGUCAACACAUACAUUGUGUUUUUCAAGAUGCCCCUGGAUGCAGACGUCCCGGAGGCCUCUCAGGGGCCUUCUCAUCAGAGCCUCUGUGGGCGCUGUGUGGCUGCCCUGGCGUCGGUGAGUCGUGGGCCCAGUGUGGUUCAGCAGAGCACCCCUGUCCUGCUGGAGCUCAUCUCUGCUGCUCACACCGGCAGUGUCCAGUUCACGAUGGAGGACGUGGUGUUGGCGUGCCACGGUCUCCAGAGGAUCGCAGACCAGGUCCAGGUCUCAGAGGAGACAGAGGAGACCGGCCGCUGCUUCCACCAUCUCAUCAUCCCUCGCCUGCUCUCCCUGGCGCUACAGGCCGCUCUCCAAGCUGCAGAUGUGCCCAGGCCCAGUCCUUUGCUGGAGGAGAGCGUUCUUACUGCCAUGGUUCCUGUCAUCAACUCUUCCUGUUCCAGACUUCAGCCAAAGUUCGCAGAAGAAACGGCGUCCAAAGCAGUGUCUCUCUUCUUGAACGGCGAUGUCUCGUUUUUACCAGACAACUCGUUUCCUUCACAGAUUCAGCUGCUUAAGGGCGACUGCUGGCGACAGUCCCAGAUGGUGUGUCUGCUCAUGGGCUGCGUGUGCGCUGUUCCACGCGCGGUGGAAGUGCCGCACCAGGAUGAGCUGCUGUCUGCUCUGGAGGAGCUGAGCCUCUCCUCCUCUCACACUCUGUCCUACACCUCUGCGGCAAAAUGUUACGCUGGACUGGUCAACAAGAGGACACCGGGUGAAGCUCUGGACAGUCUGGUCCAGAGGACCGUGAAGAGGGUCUGCUCUGAGCUGGACAAUCCCAAGUCCGGUGUGCGCUCCCAGGCCUUCACCCUCAUGAUCUGGGUGGCCAAGGCUCUUCUCCUCAGAUACCACCCCCUGUCCGCCACUCUGACAGACAAGCUCUUCUCUCUGCUGGACGAUCCAGACCUGGGUUCAGAGGCAGCAGACGGCUUUUCUCUCCUCAUGAGUGACUCCAGUGACGUUCUGAACAGAGCACUCCACGCAGACGUUCGAAUCAUGUAUCGCCAGAGAUUCUUCACCGACAACUCCAGCAAACUGGUGCAGGGCUUCCACGCAGCCACAGGUACUGACACAGAGAAAGAGCAGCUCACUGAUGCGAUCAUUUCUCUGGUUAUAGUUUUAUGA